AUGCAGUCUGGGGAACGCGGAUUAGACCCCUUGCUGUGCCUUCGCACAGCCGUCAUAGCGGGUGAAAAUGACCCAUUGAAGUAUGUGCAUCUGCAUGAUGCAAGUGGCGCUGUGACUGAGAUCGUGAAGCAAGCUACUUCUAUUGUGCUCUCGCAUAUUGAUACGUCCUCCAUGCAAUAUGCCCAAGGCUCCCCAGAUACUGUGCUUCCUGCUGUCUCAGUCACACGUGUGCUCCGUUCUCGUGAUACGCGCAAUAGUGAUGGAAGAGCGCCCUCACCUGAGACGGAACCCGAUGCAUUCGUCCCACUUGCAGCCCUCGUUUUUGCGAUUCAGCAGCGCGAAGAACGUGCUGGUGCAUACCUUCGGAAUGCCACACUAGCAGAGAUCGUGCCACUUCCAGCACUGGAACGGUCGGCUGUACUGGACUACUUAUUGGGAAAGCGCGAUUCCUGGGAAGGUAUCGUUCCAUCAUCUGAUGCUCUGGACGAAGCCUCCGCUACUAAGACCCAGGGCGAGGCGGACGCACAGGUAGAACAUGUGCCUGCCUCCAAGCCUAAGCGUGUUUAUGUUCCAGAUCCACAGGACGCUGAGUUUGUGCGUCGCAUCCGCUCAAAAUAUGAAAUCGUGCUUCUGGAUCGCGACGAUGCCUUGCGAGGCAAAUUGAUGGAAGAAAUGGAAGACGGUGUACCAGGCAUGCGUGCCUCUUCUGACCUUUUGGCACUCCGUACUAUAGUUCGGCCAAGAAUUGAAGAAGCGAAGCGCCGCUCUGCCGUACCAUCCAAAGUGACGUCUUCGUCACGCACUGCUUCGUCCAAACCUGCAGGUCACGGCGCUCGCAAGUCCCGUGCACAGGAUCCCAUCAUCCUCUUGUCCAACUCACCCACGGCACUUGUCAAUAUGUUCAAUGUGAAAGCGCUUUUACAGGAUGGCAUCUUCAUCCAUCCUGAAGAAGCAAGGCAACAGGCUGGUGGCAUCCCCGAAUUGGUCGUGACGAUCCGGGCGCCAUCGGCCGAUGAGAAUGUCACCUCUGCGGGGUCAGGCACACUCUCUCGCCGUAUUCUGGUGGUCGACAAUGCAGAUGCAGUUAACAGACUUGGUAAUGGACUUCCAGGCAGUGAUCAAGAUCCCUGGAGCCGUGUGAUUGCUGUAUUUACUACCGGGCAAGCUUGGCAGUUUAAAUCGUAUCGUUGGACUGAUCCCCGAGACUUAUUCCGUAAUGCUAUGGGCGUGUACAUUCGAUGGAACAACGAAGUAUCCACAUCACAAGCCAAAGAAUGGAACGUGACACAUUUACAGGUGGACCGAACCAAGCGGCACACAGACAAGCAACUGGUGGCAUUCUUCUGGCGUUCACUUGAAAGUUGGGUGCAACGUAAGAAGCCACGCCUGCUUUCGUAA